AUGGAGCAUGUCAAUGGCUGGCAAGACAGCCUCCUGGAAGAUGCAGUAGAUCCUCCUGACCUAAAAAUACCUAAUUCGAAUGUCGCGGUCGAUCUAAAGAUCAUUGACAGCACGUCGAGACUGACAGCUCCAAUGCACAUGUUUAUACAGCCUCCAAUUGAGGGUCAUGAGCAGCUGGACUGCCCUUCAUUCGCGUUCCUGAUCCAGCAUCCGACCGGGCGAAAGGUGCUCUUUGAUAUCGGGACACGGAAAGAUGUAGAAAAUCUUCCUCCUGCCGUGCUGAAAAUCUUCACAGAGCAUUCCUUGGGCGCCCAGGUGCAGAAGGAUGUGUUUGAGAUCCUAGAAGAGCAUGAGUUCGGAGUCAGCCAGGGCGCCAUAGAAGCUGUCAUCUGGAGUCAUUGGCAUUAUGACCAUAUUGGUGACAUCAGCAAGUAUCCAGCUUCAACCGAUCUAGUGGUGGGACCAGGCUUCAAGGAAGCCUUCAUUCCUGGUUAUCCUCUGCGAGAAGAUGGUCUGAUACGUCAAUCCGACUAUGAAGGGAGAGAGCUGAAAGAGAUCUCCUUCGACGCCACGACAGAUAUCCGCAUAGGUGGUUUCCUCGCCCAUGACUUCUUCGGUGAUGGGAGUUUCUACCUUCUCGACACCCCCGGCCACGCCAUUGGGCAUAUCUGUGGCCUUGCAAGGGUCACGGCAGGGCAAGGUUCCGACAGUACCUUUGUCUUCAUGGGAGGCGAUGCGUGUCAUCACGGAGGGGAAUUCAGACCCACCAAGUUUCUGCCAUUACCGAAAAGGAUCAAAUUACCACCAACCCCUGUAUGGCCCACGGGCAUCUGCCCGGGGGACGUGAUGCAGAAACUCCACUUUAAGAACGAUGCAUGUUCGCCGUUUUACGAUGUUUCGCAGGACUUUCCUCUCAAUCGAGAACAACUACUGUCAACGAUCGAUAAGAUGCAAGAAUUUGAUGCCGCACCAAAUGUUUUUGUUGUUUUAGCUCACGACCAGACUCUGUUGGACAUGGGCAUGGACAUGUUCCCGAAAAGCGUGAAUGAUUGGAAGUCCAAGGCUUAUGAUGUGGAAGGGAGAUGGGGAUUCUUGAACGAUUUUGCGAAAGCGGCAGAGAAAUUUCUCUAG